AUGCUGGUCGAAUCCGUCUUUUUGGUUAUCUCAUUGCCUUUCGUCGUAUUUGGAUGUGGUAUUACGACACAUAUCGAAGUUUCACAUCGCGCUCAAGAUCUUUGGCUACAUCAACCUGUUUAUCGACAAUAUAUUCUCCAACAUCAAGAUGCAUUGCAAGGAGGAUCUCCAUAUCCUGAUGCUAUGUACAAUAGUUUCUGUUAUAACAGUAGUUUACAUCAAGUAGCUGAAGAUACCCAUUGGUAUCCAUUCAUGAAAAUCGCCAUUGAAUAUAUGCGUGAUCGACAUCCACCACCGCUACAGCCCGACAAUGUUGAUGGACAAAAGUUACUUGUAUUUCUACUCGGUGUGGCCUCUCAUCAAAUAGUUGAUGCUGUGUGGCAUGGAAAUUUAACAGGAUGUCCGAAUGGAUUUAUCGAUGCAACAGCCUGGGAGAGUUUUAAUGACAAUCAAGAAAUGGCACAUUCAAGUGAUGAUACUGGUGGAGAUAGUGUUGUUAAUUACGAAUUACCGGUCGGUUAUAUCGGGCUCAUCAACAAGUGGUUUGUUCCAAUCAACGAACUUGAAGAGAUCUAUGCACGAUAUGCUGUCGCCAGUAACUCAUCAACUGAAGAAAAUACUACUGCGACACAUGUUCAAUCCUGUUCUGAUGUUAUGUUUCGUGGACUAGUUGCUGAUGCUCUUCUUCUUGGCUUUAAAUAUUCUACAUAUUCAAGCAGUAAUAGUUUUCUACUCGAUCAAGUGCACGACUACUACUACGGUGGCUUGUCAAAUAUGGUUCAGCUGACAGUCCGAUACUGGGAUCAAAUUAUUGCAAUGUACGAACUUGGAACAGAUAUUUGUACAUUGGCUGAUAAUAAUCCAUACUAUUUGAAUUGUACCAUAGCUCACAAUAUCACACAUCAACAACAACAAGAAUUGACAUCGUACGUUCAAUCAACACUUUUAGACUAUUUACCCUAUUCAGACAAUUCUUUAUCGCUGUUUUCGUCAUCUGACAACACCGAAAUUUCUACUGGACUCAUUUCAAAUCAAAGUUAUGCCGCAUUUGGUCAUGCAACCCUCUAUGGUGAUUUUAACGGUGAUGGAAUUACCGAUCUUGUCGUGUCAGCACCCGAUUAUUAUGUUCUUGGAUGUGUGCAAGGUGGUCGAGUGUUCAUUAUCUAUGGUCAAGAGAAUCGUUCCCUUGUACCCGAGCGUCAAAUUUCGAUUAUUGAAGGACUUGCCAAUCAAACACUUAUUUCACCAAAAUGUGAUGGUGAUCGAUUCGGUUCAGCAUUAGCUCGCCUUGAUUGGAACAACGAUGGAUUUGAUGAUCUAGUCGUUAGCAGUCCAUCGCAUGGAUUCGGCUUCCGUGGAGCAGUAUUUGUAUUUGCCGGUGGUGCACAUGGUCUUCAACCUUAUCCCUAUAUGCAUAUUUAUGGAAUGAAUGAACAUGACGCGAUCGGUUUCAAACUAUAUACGGCAGAUCUCGAUAAUGAUACUCGACUUGAUUUGAUCAUUACAAGUCCAUACGCUCAGCCGAACGGUUAUAAUCAACCACAACAAGGAGCUGUCUGGGUCUUCCUGAACUCUGACCAUCAUAUAUUGGAUGAUGAACUCACUGUUACCAAUGCAUCAUUCACCAUUUGGGGUGAAACAGCAAAAUCGAAAUUUGGCUAUUCACUUGAAAUGAUUCCAUCGUCGUGCAUCGACAAUAUGACUUAUCCAGCUGCCAUCAUUAGCGCACCAGCCGACGAUGGUAAACUGUUCGUGUACUCAUUUGAACCCGAACCCCAUCUCAUUCUUACUCUCUCAGGCAAGCAAAAAAAGGAUCGUUUUGGACAAAGUUUUUCUAUUGAUAAAGACAGAUGUUGGCUCGCCGUCGGAUCACCGACCCGUUCCACUAAUUGGUACGGUGGUGUUGAUAUUCUUUUAGUAUCCGAUCUUUUCCAUCAAUCAAGUAUUUCUCUUCAAUUAAGUGACAUUCCUGUGCGUCUCUCAAUUUAUGGUGAUAUGAUUUUUGGACGUCUUGGUACAACUAUUCAAUGGACACCCAACGGUGAUUUAUGCAUAUCAGCGCCACUCGGCAAGAAAAAUUUUCUGCUAUUGCAGAUGCAAAAGUCCGUAGGUCGUGUUUACAUUGUAUCUGCUAAUCAAAUCUCAACGCAGCCAGAUCCAGUGGCGAGAUCAAUUAAACAAAUAAGUUCGACGACCUACGUCGCUAGGAACCAAAUGAACCGAUUCGGUAGUCGUACUGACAUUCUUUCUUCAACACUUUCUUCCUACUAUGUCAUUGCCUCGCCAUUUACAACCGUAUCUGACAAUGUUCGUCUGCCGGGCAUGUUAUAUUUUCUAUCGUUAUAA